AUGGUCACCCCACGAUUAAGGAGCCAGGAGCACCACCCCAGGGCCUCAUCCGGCUCAGAAGCGAGUCCGAGAAAGCUCACGCUGUCGUGCUCACGCUGCCGUGCUUCCAAGCUGAAAUGCGACCGGCAGGAACCCUGUGUUGAGUGUCUCAAGCGUAAUGUCGGCCACCUGUGUACCAAGGAUGAGCGCCAGCCCAGGGCGAAACGGGCCAAGGUCAAUCCCACCAGCCAGGACAGUCCGGAUAAUUUGCGACCUAACGCAUCGGAGGCUAGAGAUACAGUCCAACUGCUAGAAGAUCUGGUCGACGGGUCCCUUCUCGAACCUGUUCCCCAUGCGGCGGGGGGGCAUUCAGAAUCAUCCCCCAUCGCAGACGACCCCCUAAACCCGUAUUGGUGCUCCGCCAGCGGCCCUCAAAGACAGGACGAAAAGCUGGCCUUGCUGCGCGAGAUCGUCGAUCAAAUGCCUGGCCCUGAUCUGAUUUCCGCCCUCUACGACGCCUUUGUUACUCGCUGCCAAGGUUCACUGGGUAACAUUAUCCAUACCCCGACGUUCCUGGACCAAGCGAAUGGGCUUUAUGAGUGCUUAAUCUGCCCUUCGGCAGAGCAAAACGCCUUGCUCAUGUCGGAAAGAAUAUCCAUGGAAAUGCUUUCCUGUCUCCUGAUGGCCCUCGUGCUCGGCCUCGCCUUUUACCCCGGUCGCACUGUGUUGGGCUGGUCGAAGUCACCCGUUGCACUGCAUGCUGAGGCGGCUCGAGAAUCCGGUAGGCAUAUCAAAAUCUGGAGGUCUUUGGCCCUGCGCUGCCUGCGAGGAUCGGUGUCACUCUUUUGUGGCUCGAUCCCCGGUCUACAGGCAGCGAUCAUGAUUUUGCUCGACGCCCACGAAGAUCCAGCAACCCUUGAUUCCAUCCUAGUUACUGCAAUCUCAGGGGCCCAGAAGCUCGGACUGCAUCGACUGGGAGAUGUGAAACUAAAGGCUGAUACCUCCAUGGACAAUGUGUCGACGCCUUCGUUACAGCAACCAUACAUUCGAACGGAAAUAGGGGUCCGCAUUUGGUGGGCAUUGGUGAUGCGAGAUUGGUCUCGCGGGCAGGCACUGGGCUAUUACAGCAUCCAUCCUUCGCAGUUCAACACCCGACCGCCCUUACACGUCAACGACAACGACCUGUGGAUGCCGACCGGACAGGUUGAUGCCCAGGACCACAUCACUGAGCGGCCGCGAUCGGAAUUCACCAUGCUUUCGUACACUAUACAAGCUCUGGGCAUUGUUGUUCUUGUGCGUGAGUCCAUAGACUUGCGUGGCCCGGUACGACAAGUCCGAGAGGAUAUGGAACGCACGAUGCACAGGGAACUGAACCGGAAAUAUGAACGAUUCAUUGCUCAACUCCCGUCUCACUUCCGGUUAGGAAAUACUGCGGGACUGACAGCGACCGGUCCCUUGGCCGCAAUCCCGGUGCAACGGUGGAUGUUGCACCAGCAGCUCUGGUCUCUAUUCUUGAGAAUCCACCGAGGGAACCUGUCGUCCCAGGACGGGCGCAUCUCCUGCCAGCUGCUGGCGCAGAAUAUUAUCACCAUUCAGGUACAGAUCCAAUCUCGCUGCACCGUAUGUAGCUCACUGUCGGCGGGCGAUACCCUGCUCUUCAAUGCGGCCGCGGCGCUCGUCACAGACUUGAUAUUCUCGGCCACAUCCAAAGAAAACGCUGGGUCUGGCUCCCAAUUGGCUGGACUCAUGUCGCGGGACAAGGUCCGGGAGGCCAUCGAGCUGUUAAGGAUGCGCAGCGGGGUAGACGAUGUGCAGUUGUCGGUGGCCUCCGACAGGGAGCGAGCGAAGGCUGCCCACCGAAGCAUGAAUAUCCUCGAGGCCCUCAUGAAACUGGAGAACGAGAUGUCUGAACACGACAAUGAAUCAAGGAGCGAAGCCGUGCAAGGUGAAGCUCCUAACAAUAUCUGCAACCGAUCCCCCAGGAGCAGAAUCAUCGAUGUCAUAAGAUCUUUCCAGGACAGCACCAGAGCUGCAGUUGCGACAGAAUACCCAAGCAUUGGCUCAUCCGCGUCUUCCAACAUAUCUACCCCGUUUCCAGCCGUGAUUGAAGGGCUCGAUGAGCUUGACGUGCUACCCGUCAUCUCGAAUGAUUUCGACUGCGACAUCUGGCAGUUCCUGGACUUUGAUUCUUUCACUGAGCAUGUCACCAAGCCUGCGGGUCCAGCGAACUUGCCCGUCCCCGGUUCGAUCCCCCUUUCGCCAUAUUCAGGGCAGGAUAACUCGGUUACUGGGAUGAGGACACCUGGUUUUUGAGCGGUAGCGUCUGUUCUAGACUAAAUCGGUGUUUGAUUGAGGAAUACUACCGAUCGAUUUCUCCGUCAUUUCAACUCAUAGGAAACUUCACCAUCAUCCUUACCACUUUAUUCCAAGGCGUCUUCCACCUCGCGACCCGCC